CACCACGUGUCAAGCCGAGAAACCAUUAAAAAUCUUUCAUCUUUAGAUUUACACUGAGCAAGGUUCAAAUAGUUGUACUCUGUUAUCUUUUGACUCAAGAUACGAAACGAUUUCUUGGAAUCAAUAUGCAAAUGCACUCUUCGAGCUUUUCACCUACGCUAGUUGAAGUCAUUGAAUAACACAUUUGAUCUCUCUACUCUCAUUACUAUACAAAAUCCCUAAAUUAAAGAUAAAUGUUGCCAGGCAACAUCCCAAGUGAUCUCUUAUCAAUCCACGUAUCGUCGCUUUUGAACUUCGGCUGCUUCACUGAUACAUUUUAAUCAUCCAAAUAACCUAUUUCAUAUAUUCCCAACGCUUACCCAUCUUUUACACUUAGCCAGCUCGUUAAAAUAAUUGUUCGGAUUAGCUAGAAAAUUAUUUAUUGAUUUAUUAGUUCUAUUAAAAUCGAGUAAUAGUAAUAACUUAUUAGCAAUAUAAGUAUCCAAUAGAUGUCUCGAGCUAGUGAAGCUGACAUUAUUAUUAAUAUUAAAAGAUAAAUUUUGGGUUAAUUGCAUGGUUGGUCACUAAAAUUACAAAAAGAGUUCAUGUUUGGUCACUCUAAGUAUUUAAAUCCAUUUUUGGUCACUAACUUUACAAAAACCGUUCAUUUAUGGUCACUCUCCGUUAGCUGCCGUCCAACGCCGUUAACGGCGUCCGUUAAGUGAUGGCGUGACUGACGGAUUUGCCUAAUCAGCACUUUUUAACCCCAAAAUUUACUGACCCGACCCGCCACGUCAUUUACCCUCCAUGUCAGCUAAACCUAACCAAACCUCUAACCGAACCAGACCCGACCCAACCCACCAACCCAUCUAUCUUAUUUAUGUGGCUUUCUGACCGCAAGAAUCCUAUCAUCUUCCAAAAACCUUCAAACCUUCACAUCUCACUCUGUUUUCUUCUCAUCCCCUUCUCCUCUGCUAAUGGCGACACCUUUCUGUCGUUGUGGAUUGGCAUCAGAUCUCAAGACGAGCUGGACAGAGGCGAAUCUAGGGAGCAGGUUCUACGGGUGCAGCAAGUAUGGGACAGAUGGGGCAUGUAAUUUCUUCAGAUGGCAUGACCCAGUAGUUGACGAGCAUGUGAAGUUUGUGGUGCUGAACUUUCAUUGUCGGAUUCGAGAACUAGAGAAGAGGCAAAAUGGGCAAGGGUCCAAAGCUAAUGGUUGCCUAGUGUUCAUCUUCAUUGUGAUUGCUCUUGUCUUUUCUUUCAUCUGGAUGGGAUUGGGGAUGUAAGAAGCUAUUUGCUCAACCUUGCUGAUGUAAUCGUUUCUGUAUUGUAGACUGUAACCCUAGAAAAAUCAAAUUUCAUGUUUUGUAUUUGAAAGUUUAUGUUAGUUGUACGAUUGGUCACUCAAAAAUAUGUAAAGGUCCACAUGUGGUCACUUAAAGAUAUGUAGCGGUCCACAUUUGAUCACUCAAAAACAUGUAAAGGUCUACGUCUGGUCACACAAAAACAUGUAAAGGUCCACAUCUGGUCACUCAAAAACAUGUAAUGGAGCAGCAGGUAAGUAGGUUGUCCUAUCCCACCAUUUUCUAUUAAAAGACAGAAUAAGUCAAACCUAAGGCUGCAUUUUUUGUCAUUCUCACAGAAUCCUGAAUUUUUCUAUUCCAAUUCUACCCAAAGUGAUGUCCUCAUCUCUAGUAAAUGCCAACUGUGGAA